UUCAAUAUGGAGUACAGAAAAUAACCUGAUUCACUCUGCAUUUCACUGCUCUCAUUCAGAUUUCGGUCUGUUUUGGAUGUCGGGCACAAAUUAUGACCUCCCCCUCCCCACCGUAGAUGCCAGCCUACGGGACUCACUUCGUGUACGUAUGACGCAUUUUCAAACAUAGCUUAAACGCAAACUAUUUACUAGCUUACUGUGACACAAAAACCGCGUUGACGAGCAGUGAACUGUUCAAACUGUUGAACCGCUCACAAACUACUGGCUGCCUCAAAACCUGCUGCUCCUCGACGCCUCGACAUCCGGGGAGGGGGGGGCAGAUUUUAAAAAUACUCGACCAAUUUUUCCGCGGAAGUAACUUAAGUGAAAAGUUCCUCGAGCGGCGGGGUUAUCGGGUGAAAGGUGACAUCGCUUCAGCUCACUGACUCGUAGAAUGCACAAUGCAGCGAGUGUCUCAGCCUCUCUGGGGUCCAUGGGAAUGCUGCGUCUCUUCGGGGUGUCCUGGUCCUGGAGUCUGGCAGCAGGCCUUGGGGUAUAUCUGGGCACAAGAACCUGGAAAUACUUCUACAUUGCAGCACGCACUGCCAAGAGAGACCUGAACGGCCUGUAUGUGCUGCUGAGAGUGAAGAUGGCUUUGUGGCGCUACAUGCGCAAUGGAAGUAACAUUCCCUCCAUAUUCGCUCAGACAGUAAAACUCCACCCAAAUAAACCAGCGCUGAUCUAUGAGGCUACAGGUGAAACAUGGACCUUUGCACAGCUGGAUGAGCUGUCCAAUGCAGUGGCCCACUGGGCAAGAGGUCAGGGAUGGGUCUCUGGGGAUGUGGUGGCCCUCUUCAUGGAAAGCAGGCCGUUACAGGUGGCACUUUGGCUGGGCUUUGCCAAGGUUGGAGUGGAAGCUGCACUCAUCAACUUCAACCUUCGCCAUGAUUCCCUCCUGCACUGUGUUGGGGUGUCAGGGUCACGAGCUAUUGUGUUCGGAGCUGAGCUUGCUGAUGCCAUGUUGGAGGUCAGGUCCUCCCUCAGCCAGUCCAUGGUACGGUUCUGUACAGGAGACCUCAGUGCAGAACAUCUUGCCAGCCUGAGUGCUCAACCUCUGGACCCAAUGCUAGCCUCUGCAGCUAGACAUUCCCCUUCACCUUGUGUUCCCCCCAAAGGGAUGAACGAUCGUCUUUUUUAUAUUUACACCUCCGGCACCACAGGACUGCCAAAGGCUGCCAUUGUGGUACAUAGUCGUUACUACAGAAUCGCAGCUUUUGGGUAUUUUGCCUUUUGCAUGCGCCCUGAUGACAUCAUCUACGACUGCCUGCCUCUCUAUCACUCAGCAGGUAAUAUCAUGGGAGUUGGUCAGUGCCUGAUCCACGGACUCACUGUGGUUGUGAAGAAGAAAUUCUCUGCCAGCCGUUUCUGGGAAGAUUGCAUUAAGCACAACUGCACUGUGGUGCAGUAUAUCGGGGAAAUCUGCCGCUACCUCCUGUCUCAGCCAGUUCGACCAUCAGAAAAAGACCACAAAGUUCGGCUGGCAGUGGGAAACGGGUUGCGCCCCAGUGUGUGGGAGGCAUUCACAGAACGUUUUGGGGUGGCACAGAUUGGCGAGUUCUACGGAGCAACCGAGUGCAACUGCAGCAUUGCCAACAUGGAUGGAAAGGUGGGAGCCUGCGGAUUCAACAGUCGCAUUCUCCCCAACGUGUACCCAAUCCGUCUGGUGAGAGUGGACGAGGACAGCAUGGAGCUGGUGCGAAACAGCCAGGGCCUCUGUGUGCCUUGUCGCCCUGGGGAACCGGGGCUUCUGGUGGGUCGUAUCAACCAAAAGGACCCAUUAAGGCGUUUCGAUGGUUAUGCUAACCAGGAUGCUACAAGGAAGAAGAUAGCGAACAAUGUCUUUAAGAAAAAUGAUUCUGCAUAUAUAUCAGGUGACGUGCUGGUGAUGGAUGAACUGGGCUACAUGUACUUCCGUGACCGUGGAGGGGACACAUUCCGCUGGAGAGGAGAAAAUGUUUCCACAACCGAGGUGGAGGGCAUUCUCAGCAGUCUCCUGGGUCAGACUGAUGUAGCUGUGUAUGGUGUGGCAGUGCAAGGUGUGGAAGGUAAGGCCGGCAUGGCUGCCAUUGCAGACACCACAGGGAGUUUUGACUGCAACAGUUUCUUGGAGGAAGUCCAGCGAGCUCUUCCACCGUAUGCUCGCCCUGUGUUCCUGCGUAUCUCCCCACAAGUAGACACCACAGGUACAUUUAAAAUCCAGAAAACCAGGCUGCAGAGGGAGGGAUAUGACCCACGCCUCACUACUGACCAGAUCUUCUUUUUGAACGCAAGAGCUGCACGUUAUGAGGCCGUAAACGAGGAGCUAUACAAUGCUAUAGCUGAGGGAAGAAUGUCUUUAUGACAUGGAGGCUGUAGCAGGGCAGCCUGUGUGCCAGAUGCUCUUGAGAGAGGAUAAGUUAUGCACAUGCUGGUGUCAGGAUCAGUCAGUCUUUGUGGAUCACCUGCCUGGAUUUUAACCUUUCAGGGAACUGAGUUGAGAGGACUACUUACAGUACAUAGGUGUAAGGAGUAAUGUUACAUAUGAUGUUUUAACACUGUAUGAGUAACACACCAGGAGAGAAUAGGAGGGCAUUUAUUCCCUUUUUUAAUAACUUUUUUUUUUUUAAUUAGCAAAUCAACACCUCAAAAAGCCUUUGAGCAUAUCCGCACAUGGAGUGGGCUCCUCCCACAAUGCAAUAGGAUACAUGAUACAAUGAUGUGGUUAGGACAGCGAGGGGUAGUAUCACAUCAAACUCUGUUACAGGGUUAAUACCCAGUUACAAAAUAUGCUGCAAGAAUAAUUUUGUGUAGGUUGAAGCAAUACUUGAGUGUGAAGCAAUGAAGUUAAUGCUGUGUGUUUGGGUGAGUCUGAGAGAUCUUCAACACCACAAGACAACUAGAUUAAACACUAACCAUAGACUCUUUUUUUGUUUUUUUUUAAUGCAAUGAAAAACUAAUCGCACUUGUCAUGUUUGAACUUCUGAACAACAGUGGCACGGGUUUGCAAACACACAAACGUUGUUACUGUAUGUGCCUUAUGAAACUUCAGAUCUGUGUUCAGUUUUUUUUAAUGCAUUUCUUGGAAAGGAGCUCAAAAGAUUGUGGAUAUCACAAUAGUGAUUUUGUGUCAUGCAAAGCUGAGUCACAUUAUGACUCACAUGUUUUAUGUAACAAAUCUUAUCUGUGUAGUAAUAUAUAGUUGUUAAAGAUAUGAAGACAUUUACACUUUCAGAUCUCACAGACUAAAUUUUUUUGAUGUAACUCAAAUUAAAUAUUUUAAAACAA